GAAGGGAGUCUCCGAAGUUGGUGUUAUUGCUGUCACCUAAAUUUACAACGUAUCCCACGAGUAAAGCUUUUUUUGAAAAAUGGAAAAUGACAUUCUCGACAGUUUAGAAGAUUUAGGAUAUUCAGGAACAGUUGUACAAGAAGGGGAAUUAUCCAAAGCUCUAGCAGGAGGUCCUAGCUCACCAGAAUUUACAGGCUUGAUAGCAUGGAUAACAUCUGCAUUGAAGCAGUAUUGUGGAUUUGAAGGGUCUGUCAAUGCUACAUCAUCUGCUGAUGAGGCUGAAACUUUUGAACUUGAAGUGAGUUCAUUUCUCCGGGAAUUAGGUUGUCCAUAUCCUGAGUUAACAACAGGAGAAAUGAUUAAUAGAUUAGGAAAUCAUGAAAAUAGAUGCAAUUUAAUUAAUUACCUGGUAACAGAAUUACAGGCUGCAAAGAUUUUUGCAGUAAAACCGCAAAAGUCUGUAUCACAAGCCAAGAAUGAACCAGAAGCUAACUGGAGUGAAACAAGUAAAAUUUUGAAAUCUCUACUAAUAACACUUGGUAUAUCAAGACCACCUCCUGGAAUCACAGAGAAUCAACUAUUCAAUAAAGUGGAAUCAAAAAUACGAGAGCUUGCGAGUCAGUUACCUCCAGAUCAUCUUGGUAAGCCGAUUAUCAAAUCUGCAUUGAGCCCUAAACAGUGGAACAAUUUAGAAGAAAUAAAUGGUGCACUAACUAAAGAAUUUGUAGUCCGAAGAUACAUGUUAUUGAAACGACUUGAUGUCACUGUUCAGUCAUUUAAAUGGUCAGAUAGGAUAAAGGGGAAGGCUGAUCACCUGGCAGCGGUGUAUCAACCAAAAAGAAAAAUGUUAUCUCCUCAAAGUAAAAUAACCAUAGCAGAUUUAGUGGCAUCAAGGGAAGAUUUAAUCAGACUUACAAAGACCAGUAGUGGAUCAGUAAGGGAACACACACAGAGUGCAGUUAAUAAAGUUGUUAUGGGCAUGGUUCCUGACCGCGGUGGUCGACCACAAGAAGCUGCACCUCCACCUCCAGAAAUGCCUGCUUUUACAAAAAGAGUUGACGGUGGUGGAAGGGGAGGUGGAGGAGGACGAGGGGGCAGAGGGGGUGGGGGUAGUGGUAGAGGGGGCGGCUAUCAGCGAGGAGGAGGUCAUCAACAAGGAGGACAACAAGGUGGUUACAAACAAAGUUUUGGGGACCAGAGCUAUCAAAAUUACAGCCAAGGAGGGUAUAAUCAAGGUGGGUUCCAGCAAGGGCAUCAACAACAGGGAUAUCAACAACAGGGAUACCAACAGCAAGGAUACCAACAACAGGGAUACCAACAGCAAGGAUACCAACAACAGGGAUACCAACAGAGUGGUUAUCAAGGAGGAGGAGGAGGAGGAGGAGGAGGGGGUGGUGGUGGUGGUGGUGGUGGUAAUAGAGUCCAAGGAAAUUGGUCAGGUGAUGGACGAAAAGGUAGUGCAGGUGCAGGUGCAGGUGGAGGUGGAUGGAAAGGUAAAGGAAGAGGACGAGGGGGCGGAGGAGGCCAUGUAAUCUGAUAAUGAAAUAUGGUUUAUGUGUAUAAACCGCUACGUAUACUAGCACUUACAGUCAUAGGAGAAUGUAGUGACAAACAUAUAUGUGGUAUGUUGCG